GCCGGGCGGGAGGAGAGGCCGCUCCGUGGGCAGGGGCUGCGGCGCGCCCAGCGGCCGGGCCCAGCGACGGCGCGGAUGGCGGACUCGCAGCUGUUCUGCGUGGCCGAGGAGCGCAGCGGCCACUGCGCCGUGGUGGACGGAAACUUCCUCUACGUGUGGGGGGGCUACGUGUCUAUUGAAGACAAUGAAGUGUAUUUGCCUAAUGAUGAGAUUUGGACCUAUGAUAUUGAUAGUGGGUUGUGGACCAUGCACCUCAUGGAAGGAGAGCUCCCUACCUCCAUGUCAGGAAGCUGCGGUGCCUGCAUUAAUGGAAAGCUGUACGUUUUUGGAGGAUAUGAUGACAAAGGAUACAGCAAUCGACUUUAUUUUGUUAAUCUGAGAGCAAGAGAUGGAACCUACGUUUGGGAAAAAAUCACCAGUUUUGAAGGUCAGCCACCCACACCACGUGAUAAACUUUCCUGCUGGGUAUAUGAAGACAGAUUAAUAUAUUUUGGUGGCUAUGGGUGUAGGAGACACAAUGAACUCCAAGACUGUUUUGAUGUUCAUGAUGCAUCUUGGGUACGUCCACCAGAACUAUUCAUAGCUCAGACUGGCUUCUGUAUGAGAGAAGAGCAGAUAUUCUGGGGAUGGCAUAAUGAUGUUCAUGUAUUUGAUACAAAGACACAGAAUUGGCUUCAACCAGAAAUUAAAGGUGGAGUUCCACCUCAGCCACGAGCCGCGCACACGUGUGCAGUUCUGGGAAACAAGGGCUAUAUCUUUGGCGGACGUGUUUUGCAAACUAGGAUGAAUGAUUUGCACUAUCUAAACUUAGAUACCUGGACCUGGUCUGGAAGGAUUCCUAUUAAUGGAGAAAAUCCCAAACACCGGUCAUGGCAUACUUUAACAGCAAUAGCCGAUGAUACGCUUUUCCUAUUUGGUGGACUAAGUGCUGACAAUACUCCAUUAAGUGAUGGUUGGAUUCAUAAUGUCAUAACAAACUGUUGGAAACAGCUUACACAUUUACCUAAAACAAAACCCAGGUUAUGGCACACAGCCUGUUUGGGAAAAGAAAAUGAAGUAAUGGUAUUUGGUGGGAGCAAAGAUGAUUUACUUUCUUUGGAUACAGGUCACUGUAAUGAUUUAUUGAUCUUUCAAACCCAGCCUUAUUCACUACUCAGGUCAUGCCUUGACUGCAUUGGUAAAAAUGCUAUAAUUUUAGAAAGUCAGAUAUCUCUAUUACCUCCUAAACUUCUCCAACAAGUACUCAAAAAAAUAACAUUUUGGACUGCAGCUAAUCACCGAGAAGAACAAAGAGCUCAAAAAGAAGAAAAAGAAAAGAAGUGUCAGUGGAUCAGUAGCGAUUAAGUUGUAAUG